CGCGUGGGGUUAUGGGAUACAUGGAGAGGGGUGAGACACAAAUUAUCUGAGGGGCGCGGCUCUCUUCCAGGAUCUCGCGCUUUCUCCUGCGGGGCUCACUCCUCUCCUCCCUCUCUCCAAGCCCUGUGCCUAAUGGAGAAGAAGAGGAUGAACUCUUUAGUGAAAUGGACGCUUAUCCUCUUCGUCCUUGCCUCCAUCAUCCUCAACAUAGUCCUGAUCGGCAUCCACUCCAGCAGGGCGCCCAAAUGCUCCGCUCAGCGCGUGCACCCGCUGCGGCGCAAACACGACGAGCGCAGCGCCGUGUUCGUGGACCUCUCCCGGGAGGAAUACCUGCAGGUCCAGCAAUUCAUGCUAAAGCAGAAUAACUUGGAAAUAUCCACCAACCAGAUCUCCAAGCCGUCGGAUAACUUCCUGUUUCUAAUAGAUCUGUCUGUGCCAAAGAAAGCGGACGUGCUCGCGUAUUUGGACCGGAAUGGCGCCAAGCCGACCAGAGAGGCCACAGUGGUGGUGUUUUACGGUGCCAAAGGAUACAUCAAGGAGUACGUAGUGGGCCCUCUUCCCAACCCAACAUACGUCAACGAUGUCACCAUGGAGAGGUACCACGCGGAGCUGCCCAUCAGUGCGCGCACGGUCACCAUCGGGGAAUAUAAUCUGCUUUUCCAGUUUUUGGGAGACGUCUUCUCUAAACUGGGGAAGAUCAUGAAGGAGAGCUUCGAUAUGGGUCCGGACAAGCAGCUGAACGCGUUCGAGCAGAUGCCCCGCGGAGUCCGGACCGGGGACAGGAAGACCUGGAUCUCCUUCUUCAGGGACAUGAGCGGCAUGUAUAUCCACCCGGUGGGCUUCGAGGUGCUGGUCGACCACCAGAGCGUCAACGCGUCCGAGUGGAAGGUGGAGAAGCUGCUCUAUAACGGACACUAUUUCGACUCCAUAGACGCACUGAAGGAUAAAUACGAUAAGGAUCUCGUAAAGAAGAUCGUCUACAAGGAGUCCCCUGAUUAUGGCUCUCUGAAACCCAGGAACAAGCCCCUGCAGGUCGGUCCGCAGCUCUUUAACGCGGAGGGGAAGCGCUACAGUGUCAGCAACAAUCACGUCGUGUACAUGGACUGGAGCUUCGCCUUCGGGCUCAGCGCGCUCACGGGCAUGAGGGUGUUCGACGUGCGCUUCAACGACGAGAGGAUCGUGUACGAGCUGAGCGUGCAGGAGGCCAUGUCCGUGUACGGGUCGGUCACUCCCGGGAUGAUCCUGACAAAGUUUCUGGACUCCAGCAUCGGGAUUGGCCGCUUUGCGCAUGAACUGGUCCGCGGGGUGGAUUGUCCCUACGAGGCGAGCUACGUGGACACAUACCGCUACAUUGAUGUCCCCAAACCGGUCCGCUUCAGGAACUCCAUCUGCAUAUUCGAGCACAACAUGGGCCAGCCCCUGAGGAGGCACUUCUCCGACUUCUUCCACCACAGCUACGGGGGCAUGGUGAACAGCGCACUGGUGUUCAGGACCAUCACUGCCAUAGGGAACUAUGACUACAUAUGGGACUUCAUCUUCUACCAGAGCGGGUCCGUGGAGGCCAAGGUGCACGCGACCGGAUACAUCUCCUCCUCCUACCUGGUGGACGGGGCUCUGCGGCACGGACACCAGGUGGCGGAGAAGGUGCUGGGGAACAUCCACACACACUUCAUCAACUUCAAGGUGGACCUGGAUGUGUUGGGAGUAAAGAAUUUCUUUCAGACCAAAGACAUGGAAUAUGUCAAUGUUUCGCUGCCAUGGAUGCCUGAUCACUAUGCGAUGGUGCCUCAGCUGGUGGAGAAGCAACUGAAAACAGAAAAGGAGGCAGCGCUGCGUUACGACACCAAGACUCCGCGCUACCUCCACAUCUCCAGCAACAAGACCAACCGCUGGGGCCACCAGCGCUCCUACAGGCUGCAGGUGUUCAGCUUCACAGGGGACCAUCUUCCCGAGAGCCAGGCCGAGGAGAGGGCCAUGUCCUGGGCCAGGUAUAAGGUUGCCAUCACCAAGCAUAAGGAUGGAGAGCAGACCAGCAGCAGUCUGUACAGUCAAAACGACAUCUGGUCUCCAGCUGUCGACUUCAGCAAGUACAUUGAAGACAACGAAAGCAUCGAAGACGAGGACCUGGUUGCCUGGGUGACCACCGGCUUCCUUCACAUCCCCCACUCCGAGGACAUCCCCAACACGGUAACCGUAGGCAACGGGGGCGGGGUCCUGCUGCGGCCACACAACUAUUUUGACAUGGACCCGUCCAUCCACUCUGCUGAUUCGGUGUACCUCUCCCCGGGCAGCGAGGACAGCUGUGACAGCAACAGGAUGGCCUGCCUUGCUCAAGAGACCUGCAGCCCCGUCCUGGAACCCUUCACCUAUGAAGGCUUCGAUGGAGUCAUGAAGUUUGAGGAUUGGGUCUAAUGUGUUCUUAGCCCUGAUGAACUCUAUUUGUUGACCUAUCAGGAAGCUUUUGUCCAUGUUACCAUGUUUAUAGAGGCAGUAUGGGACGUCACAUUAUGUGUGCUACAUAUGGGUCAGGGUUAAGGCUAGCAAGGAGCUCACCAGGCAAGAUGAAAGAAAUAUUUUAACAUUAGCAAAAUAUGCAAACUUCCUUUGUUGUGGAGAGUAUGAUGAGUAGAUCCAUACCACUCUCAGGACAUGGUAAGUUGUGGAACAUUUAGGGGGAAACAGCUAGCUCUGUCCUAAGUAAAAUAAAAACACCUAUUUUGGUUUACGAACAGAAUAGACCAUCUUUGCCAGGGACAAAAUGUAGGAGGCCAAUGACCCCAUCGUCCUUCAUGCUCGGAUAAUGCCUAACUUUUAACUCAAACUUUGUUUUUAAUUCAACUUUAAAUCUGUUAUAUUUCUCAUCUACACCUUACACAGUAGCAGGGCUAUCGUGGUGAUGAAAUCUUGAAACACUGACUCAAUAACAAACAAUACCAUCUUGGCUGUAAAUAAACGCCAACUCAUGAUUUCAGGUGAAGUUUCAUGCUGGAACUAUUUCUUUUUGGACAACAUCCAGACUCAGUAGCUGCAGCUUCACAGUUUGUUUUCACACUAAGGUUGCCAAGUUUGGCAUCAGUUUGUCUGUAAUGACUAAAAACAUAGCUUUGCUGACAUAUAAACUACAUUUAAAUAUGUAACGAGGUAAAAACUGUGUAACCCAUAAAACCAUUAUUUAAAUAAUGCAAUUUCUGUUUGUGUAUCUAACAAACAACAUCAUGUCAGUGAGCUUUAUAAGUGCUUUUUGAUUUCAGAAAGAACCAGACAGGCUAGCUGUUUCUCCUUACUUCUAGCCUUUAUGCUAAACUACGCUAACCUACUGAUUCCAGCUAUGAACACACAGAGAUGAAUAAACUCAAUCUUCUCCCUUCCCUUUUGGUAAAAAUGAGAAUGAGGGUAUUCCCCAAAAUGUUGAAUAUCAAGAACAAAGUCAGAGAUCAAAUCAAAACGUAACAUUUUAUUUAACUUUUGGUCACACCCUCAUUUUCUUUCUCAUGUGACCCUAAUCCUUGUCUGUAGAUGUCCAUGUCCGCAGAUAAUGACAUUUUAAACUUGUUGAUUAUCUGACUUUUUGUCUUGCGUUUCUAACAUUCGCAUCAGCUGCAUAUUGUGUUUGCUUCAAGUUGGCAAAUGUUAGAAUAUGAAUUGGCUUAAAUGCGGCGGAUAACAUAGUAAACAUUAGACCUUAGACUGCUUGGUUCUUAUCAUGUUAGCAAUGUAAUUGCGAGCAAUAUAGCUUGCUGAUGUUAGCAUUUAGCUAAAAGAAACACAGUACAGCCUCAGAGUCACUAACAAAGCUUCAUUUUAUUAGUGGAAUUACCUAAUUUAGCAACAGGUUUUGUUUAUUUGUUCUGUUUUCCUUUUUUCCCUUUAAUAAUUAUAUCUGCCACACAAAUAGUAAGGAGCAUAUCACCAGUCAAAUGUUAUGUGUGGGAGAUUUCCUUACUUACUAACAAGCCUAUUAUUUUUUAAAUGACAUCCUUAAUGUGAGCAAGCAAAUAGGCUAUGUGUUAAUUUUUUUGUAAUGUUGCACUUACCUUGUAAUCAAACACUUUUAAACAUGGGGUCAAAUGUUUGCCUAUUACAUUCAGAGAGACACAAUGCUUUAUCUAUCUGCGUUUCCUAAUUAUACUGUGAUGUAAACAUAGUAAAGUGGCACUGUAGAGCCAGCCGUGUGUAAAGCGUGUAAACUGAAUAAUAUAAGCAUCCAGUCGGGGUCACUGCCCGCUCUGAUGCGACUCAGGGCUGGGACCACCAAACAGCUGACUGGUGUAUUUUUUAUAUUUUUUAUACAGGUCAAUGUUGUGAGGAAUGUUUUUGUUGUUUUUCCUCUCAAAAUAAAAGAAGAGAUUAUUUGUCAAAGA